UAGGUACCAACGCACCUUUCUCUUCCUCUUCCGCCACCCACUUUGAAAAUCACCCACCAACUCCUACUCUUUCUCUUCCGCCACCCAUUUUGAAAACUCUCUCUCUCUCUCAUGGAAGCCACCUUCUCUUCUGGCUUCUAUAUAAGACCAUUAUACUUUCUUCAUACAAUUCAAACAAAAUCCCAUUUUUUACUUUCUCAAACCAUUUUUUCUUAAGCUCUCCAAACACAUUACAAUCACCAUCAAUCAAAAAUCCUCAAUACAAUUUGAUAUAGUAUAUAAAUUUCUUUUAUUUUUUACAUCAAAUGGAGACUGUAGUUUCUCAAAAUGGUGAACACCACAGCCAAAACGGCGUGUCGCUGGAGAGUUUCUGCGUGACUAAGUCAGCAGCCAAUAUCUCUAAUGACCCGCUGAACUGGGGUGCGGCGGCUGCGUCAAUGAGUGGGAGCCACUUAGAGGAAGUCAAGAUAAUGGUGGCGGAGUACCGGAAACCGGUUGUUCGUCUCGGCGGUGAGACGCUGACGAUUUCCCAAGUGGCUGCCAUCGCCGCUGGUGGUGACGUCGAAGGAGUUAAGGUGGAGCUUUCUCAGUCGUCCAGGGCGGGAGUCAAGGCUAGCAGCGACUGGGUUAUGGAGAGUAUGAGCAAAGGUACAGACAGCUAUGGUGUCACCACUGGGUUCGGUGCGACCUCACACAGAAGAACCAAACAAGGCGGUGCCCUUCAGAAGGAGCUAAUCAGAUUCUUGAAUGCUGGAAUAUUUGGUAAUGAAACAGAAUCAUGCCACACUCUGCCUCGCUCCUCAGCAAGAGCAGGUUUGCUUGUUAGGAUUAACACCCUUCUCCAAGGUUACUCCGGUAUCAGAUUUGAGAUUUUGGAAGCAAUGGCCAAGCUCCUCAACAACAAUGUCACCCCAUGUUUGCCUUUGAGAGGUACAAUCACAGCUUCCGGUGACCUUGUGCCUCUGUCCUACAUUGCCGGAUUGCUCACUGGCAGGCCUAAUUCUAAGGCUGUCGGCCCCAAUGGCGAAUCCCUCACAGCAAAGGAAGCCUUCAAAGUUGCCGGCAUCAAUUCCGACUUCUUCGAGUUGCAGCCUAAAGAAGGCCUUGCUCUUGUUAACGGCACUGCUGUUGGUUCAGCCGUUGCUUCUACUGUUCUUUUUGAGACCAACAUUCUUGCUGUGUUGGCCGAAGUCUUGUCAGCAAUUUUUGCGGAAGUGAUGAAUGGUAAGUCCGAGUUCACUGAUCACUUGACUCACAAGUUGAAGCACCACCCUGGUCAGAUUGAGGCUGCAGCCAUUAUGGAACACAUUUUGGAUGGCAGCUCUUAUAUUAAAGAUGCUCAGAAGCUUCACGAGAUGGAUCCUCUUCAGAAGCCAAAGCAAGAUCGCUACGCACUUAGGACAUCACCCCAAUGGCUUGGACCCAUGAUCGAAGUGAUCAGAUUCUCAACCAAGUCUAUUGAAAGAGAGAUCAACUCAGUGAACGACAACCCUCUGAUUGACGUUUCAAGGAACAAAGCUCUUCACGGUGGCAACUUCCAAGGGACCCCAAUUGGAGUUUCCAUGGACAACACCCGCUUGGCUGUUGCCGCAAUCGGUAAACUCAUGUUUGCCCAAUUCUCUGAGCUUGUGAAUGACUUGUACAACAACGGUUUGCCUUCAAAUCUCUCUGGUGGCCGCAACCCAAGUUUGGACUAUGGCUUCAAGGGAGCUGAAAUCGCCAUGGCCUCUUAUUGUUCGGAGCUUCAAUAUCUUGCUAAUCCGGUGACUAGCCAUGUCCAAAGUGCUGAACAACACAACCAAGAUGUGAACUCUCUGGGAUUGAUAUCUUCAAGGAAGACUGCUGAAGCUAUUGAUAUUCUCAAGCUCAUGUCUACAACAUUCUUGGUUGCUCUUUGCCAAGCCAUCGACUUGAGACAUUUGGAGGAGAAUCUAAGGCACACAGUCAAAAAGACUGUGAGCCUAGUGGCUAAGAGAGUUCUAACCACCGGUGUCAAUGGUGAACUCCAUCCAUCAAGAUUUUGUGAGAAGGAGAUGCUUAAAGUUGUUGAUAGGGAAUACGUCUAUACAUACAUUGAUGAUCCCAGCAAUGCUACCUACCCAUUGAUGCAAAAGCUAAGGCAAGUACUAGUUGAACAAGCUUUGGUUAACGGUGAAAAUGAGAAGAAUCCACAAACUUCAAUCUUCCAAAAGAUUGGAGUUUUUGAGGAAGAAUUGAAGGCCCUUUUGCCUAAAGAGGUUGAGAGUGCAAGGAUUGGUAUCGAAAGUGGAAAUGCAGCUUUAUCGAACAAGAUCAAGGAAUGCAGGUCUUAUCCUUUGUACAAGUUUGUGAGAGAGGAGUUGGGCACUGAUUUGUUGACAGGAGAGAAUGUUAAAUCACCAGGAGAGGAGUUUGACAAGGUGUUCACUGCAAUGUGCCAAUGGAAGAUCAUCGAUCCAAUGCUUGAAUGUCUCAGCAGCUGGAAUGGUGCCCCUUUUCCAAUCUGUUAAUUUUAGUUUGAACGUCAUUUUCUUCUCGAUCUGCUACUAUAUUCUGUUAACAUUGUAUCGUGUAAUUUUAUUUUUUGAUUUAUUUUUUAAGAGUAAUGCUACAUAAUAAUUAAUUCCCACCCAUAAUCCUUUCUUAGAAUUGAGCAAGAAAUUAUUACUGAAGUUUACUUGUUAUAUAGCUAUUAGCUGGACGAAAAAUCAAUAAUAUAAUUCUAAUAUAUGUAAUAUGAUAGAAGACAGUGAGUUGAAGAAACUUGUGUACAUUGAAUUAUUGUAAUUACUCGUAUAUCUUGUUAUCUGUAAUCUAUUUUUAAGACAGUAAGCUGAAGUUUACUUAUUCUAUAGCUA